CUCGCGUACAUUUUCCGCCUGUGCGUGUCAAGUGUCAGAAGAACGUACCGAAUCGUCGUGGACGCCAAUUAUGACAAUAAUAACAUCCCAGCUGAUCCUGUGGACCGCGUUCGUUGUUAUCGCGGCGACUCAUCGAUCAGAAGGACGGCAAUCGAGGAAUCUGGAAGUAUUAGGGCAGAUAUCGGGUCACCACCAUGGGACGCAGUAUGCAUCGAUGUCAGAGAGCUACAGAAACAAUUCCGACUUUCCCAGGUUCGCUGAGGAGAUACAAAAUGUGACAGUGAGCAGAGGUCACGAUGCAUUGCUAGCUUGUAUAGUGGACAAUCUACGAAAUUACAGGGUAGGAUGGGUACGCGUCGAUACACAGACUAUCCUGUCCAUCCACCAUAAUGUCAUCACACAGAAUCCACGGAUCUCGUUGUCGUACAAUGACCAUCGUACGUGGUACCUUCACAUAAAGAAGGUUGAAGAGGUGGAUCGUGGGUGGUACAUGUGUCAGGUGAACACGAAUCCGAUGAGAUACAGACAGGGCUACCUGCAGGUUGUAGUGCCACCCUCCAUUAUCUCGAAAGAAACCAGCACAGACAUGGUCGUUCGUGAGGGUUCGAACGUAACGCUGAUGUGUAAAGCUUCCGGAUACCCGGAACCUUACGUCAUGUGGCGCAGAGAGGACGGAAAGAACAUAAACUACAAUGGCGAGAGCGUGAACGUGGUGGAUGGGGAGGUGCUGCAUAUUGUGAAGAUUAGUCGACUGCACAUGGGUGCGUACCUGUGCAUCGCUUCGAACAAUGUUCCACCUCCAGUCAGCCAACGCAUAUCUCUGCGCGUGCAAUUUCCCCCGAUGCUUUCGAUACCAAGCCAGUUGGAGGGAGCGUAUAUUGGACAAGACGUCACGUUGGAAUGUCACACCGAAGCCUACCCUACCUCGAUCAAUUAUUGGACAACCGAACACGGCGACAUGAUAGUCUCUGGCAAUUACCAUUCCAUUGCAGGCGACAAGUACGAGGCGGUUUACUCCGACAAUAGCUACAACAAAUAUAUGAUGCUGAAGAUCAGAAAUGUCGGACCAAAGGACUUUGGCUCUUACAAAUGCGUCGCGCAAAAUUCUCUUGGUGGAACGGACGGUUACAUAAAAUUGGAUGAGAUUCCAGUCCCGUCGACGACGUCCACCACGCCACCGCCAUACCAUGUCACUUCAUCCAUGAAGAAAACCGGUAGAAACGGUAACAAGAAAUUACGACAACGACCUAUCGACUACGAUGUCGAGGAAUGGCGAGAUCCAGACUACGACAGGGAUAACGGUUCGCCGUCGAUGAGGCCACCAGGCGAGCCUCCUGUGGACGCCUCGCUGAGUCCAGGCGUAUCCCAUCGGGCUCAGCUCGUUCUUCACCUUUCGGUGAGUCUCCUGUCACUGCUACUUCCAGCUAUCCGAAGGUGAUUCUCACGUCGCGGGAACGGGGCUUCCAGUUCUAGUGUUUAUUGGACGGUGACCAGACCGGAGACGGCAACCAGUUUCCGGUACGCCGCCUCCGGCUGGAUGAUGGACGAGUGCGACGAAACAAGACGCGCUUGAAAUUAUUUUCAUACUAAAAGUAGACGUAUACA